AUGGACCAGGACCGCCCCAACAAGCGCCAAAAGUCAUACGACAACAAGCAGAGGUCAGGACCAGAAUUCGAAGGCAGUCAGAACAACUACCGCGACAACAACAACAGAGAAGACAGAGAUGAACACAGGACAAAGGCACCAUCAUUACAGCAGCUCCAACACGCUGCCCAUCUCGCCUACCAGUUCCCAGUCCCCGAGAAGGGCCGCAAGUGGACCGUUUCAAUCGCCCUUCCUGGAAGCAUCCUUGAUGGCUCUUUGACCGUCGAGCUGAAGACUUACCUCGUUGGACAGAUCGCAAGGGCGUGUGUGAUGUUCAAUGUGGACGAGAUUGUGAUCUACAAUGAGUCAGCAAAGGGAUUGUCAAAGGAGAACUUGGGCAAGGACGACUAUCUUCCAAAAUCAGACCCCAACCUCUUCAUGGGACGCGUACUCCAAUACCUCGAGACCCCUCUGUACCUCCGAAAGCUCCUGUUCCCAAUGCAUCGCGACCUGAAAUUCGCAGGACUCCUCAACCCCCUGGACCCACCCCACCACGUCCACCUCGACGACAGAUCUCUCUACCGCGAAGGAGUUGUCGUCCGCCCCCGCGACAAACAAUACUCGAUCGUCAACUGUGGAAUGCGCAAAGAGGUCCUCAUCGAUCGUCUCGUCCCUACGGGCUCCAGAGUCACCGUCAGGAUCCAUGGCGCCGAGAAGGAAGACCGGAAUAAGAAGAUGGACAAGAACGCAAAGACUUUGGCGGCGAUUGCGGCUAUGGAGGCUAGUCUUUCGGGCGACAAGGGCGCUCAACAGAAAUAUUUCAUGGGAACUGUGGUCUCACCCAAGACCCCUCGGGAGGAGACUGGGUAUUAUUGGGGGUACCAGGUUCGAUUGGCGGAUGCUGUUUCUAAAGUCUUUACAGAGUCGCCUUUCCCUGAUGGAUAUGAUCUGACGAUUGGAACGUCGGACAAAGGAACUCCCAUCUCGCCUGCUGUCACAUCCUCAAUCCCCAGCUUCCAACACGCCGUCAUUGUCUUUGGUGGCGCCAACGGAAUCGAAACGGCAGUCGAGGCUGACGAAGAUUUGAAGUGCGGAACUGAAGAUACAAAAGACAUGUUUGAUCACUGGAUCAACACCUGUCCAAACCAAGGAAGUCGUACUGUCAGGACUGAGGAGGCUCUCCUUGUGACCCUCGCUGCACUGCAAGGAACAUUCACGGCACAAGGCAUUUAA